AUGGAUGGAAUCAAGUGCAGUGAUGAGGAAUCCUGGAAUGUUGCUUUGGUUACUUGUCGCGUCGUUGUCAGCAGGAACGAUGGAUCAUGUCAUGUGGAUACGGCUGAGGAUGGUGAUGAUGGAUUGGAUGACAUUGAGGAACUGGCCCAUAUCUUUGACAAAAGGUGUUUUACAGUCAUGGAUGGUAUUGGAGUACUCGAUUCAAUGGACUCAGCAGCUACUUUGCGAUCAUGGAUGAAGUAUGAUUAUGGCGGCAGCAACCAAGAACACAAUGACACAGUUAUCCCUAUUCCCUCUAUGUGA